CAAAACUACACUUUCAAGCCACCAUCAUUCCUUCCUUCAGAAAAGAUGGCAACUCUCAAGCUCAGGAAGCUCCUCCUGACCGCCGUCGCGGUUGCUGGGAUCAUCAUUUCUGCCCUGCCCGACACCACCUCGGCCCAGAACUGCGGGUGCGCAGCCGACCAGUGCUGCAGCCGGUGGGGCUACUGCGGCACGGGGGAUGACUACUGUGGGACGGGAUGCCAGGAAGGCCCAUGCAACGCGCCGCCGCCGACGAACGACGUGGUCGUGGCGGAUGUGGUGACGGAGGCCUUCUUCGACGGGAUAAUCGGGCAGGCCGCCGAGAGCUGCGAAGGGAAGGGCUUCUACUCGCGAGGAACGUUCCUUGAGGCUGCCGGGAGUUACCCUCAGUUCGGCAGGGUCGGGAGUGUCGACGAUUCGAAGCGGGAGAUAGCUGCGUUUUUCGCUCAUGUCACUCAUGAAACUGGACAUUUUUGCUACAUAAACGAGAUAGAUGGAGCUUCAAAGGACUACUGUGAUGAGACAAACACCCAGUACCCGUGCAGCCCGAACAAGGGUUACUACGGCCGCGGCCCGAUCCAGCUCUCCUGGAACUUCAACUAUGGUCCGGCCGGAGAGAGCAUCGGGUUCGACGGGCUCAACUCCCCCGACACCGUGGCCACCGACCCGCUGAUCUCCUUCAAGACUGCUCUGUGGUACUGGAUGAACUUCGUCCGACCAGUCAUAGACCAAGGGUUCGGAGCCACCAUCAGAGCCAUCAACGGCGCACUCGAAUGCGACGGCGGGAACCCCGCCACCGUCCAGGCCCGGGUCCAGUACUACACCGAGUACUGCAGCCAACUUGGGGUCGCUCCCGGAGAUAAUCUCACUUGCUAGCCGGAGUAGACUGUACGUGAAAUCAAGUUGUGCAUGUGGAACGCCAAUUAGAAGUAGUUUUCGGGUGUAUUCAUUGUAUCAAUAAUGCGCACAACAAAUGAAAAAGGGAAAGAAGAUGAGGACUUCAUGGAGAAAAAUGGAAAUAAAGUAGCAAGUUCAAUAUUUUGUUCAAUUCACGAGACAUUAAUACAUCGUCUGCUUAUUUAGGUA